CGGCAUGGCGGCGGCUGCCGGCGGUCGUGGCUCCCAGCCUGGGCUGGCUUCGGCACCGGGCAGCGCCGGCGACACCUCCCUCCUCGGUAGCGCCACGGUGUGGCCCUUGAAGCGCUACGCUCGCUUCCUCCCCCCGAAGGACGGUGACGACGAGGGGCAAAACACCUCUUGGAAGGUGUUUGAAUCAAAUGAAGAAUCAGGCCCUCUUGUCCUUACCAUUGUGGAGUCUGGCCAUUUCUUUAUUUCCCAAGGGCGAACGGUGCUGGAAGGCUUUUCCCUGAUUGAUUCCCACAAGUGGCUGAAGAUAGUGAGGAGAGCAGAGUGCCUGCUGCUGCGGGCACAGGCCAAGAACGAGUGCCGCAUGUUCCGCGUGCAGUUCGGAGGCAGCUGCAGGGAGGAGAUGCAGGAGCACUGCUGCAGCUGUGUCCAGAAACUCAGCGACUACGUCCCGGUGCAGGGGGCUGAGGAGCAGAGCCCCAGCCAGGACACCCAGGCCAUGGACACUGAGCACGCACCAGAUGAGCCUCUCCCAGACUCCUGCACAAGCCUCGGAGAAAGAAGAUCUGUAGCACAGCUCGCACAGGUAAAAAACAAACCUCUCCUGUUUAGAGUCUGUACCUGAGCCUGAGAAUGAGCUGUCUCAGAUUCCAUCUGGGAAAUGCCUUCCCUGAGCAUUGGGAUGCUGGAUCUGUGUAAUGAUCCAGAGCCAGGGAAUAAGCAGCAAAACAAGGUGUUUGGUGGUGUAAUCACCCCAUUUGAAUAGGAACAAAUGACACACUGAGAGCAAAGAAAUACCCAGAGGCAACAUCCAAAUGAAUGGCUCUGGCACUGGUUUGACUCUGCACCAAUGACGUGUGCAGAGCAGAGCUGAAGCCUGAAAAUGUCAAUCAAGGAAUCACAGAAUAUCCCAUCUAACCCUCCUCUCUGGCAGUGGGAACCCGUUCCCCUUUGGCCCAAGUCCCUCUCCAGCUCUCUGGGAGCCCCUUUAGGCACUGACAGGGGCUCUGAGGUUCCCCUGGACCCUUCCCAACCCUGACCCACAGCAAAGCAUCCCCAUAUUCCACAGACAGCUUCACUGAGCAGUUCCGGGUAAACAUCUGGAAAUCAACUGGUGCUCAUUUACUGGAAUUCAGGCCAGUGCAGAAGCAGAUGAGCAGAAAACUCUGCUCUUUCUGGUUUUGUGCAGUUCCUUCCUUACCCUUAGUUCGUAGUCACUGGCUGAGCACUGAAUCCCAGACUGGGCUGGAUUGGAAAGGAUCUCAAAGGUCACCUCAUUCCAGCCCCAGUGCCACCAUGCCCAGAGUUCACCCAGCACCAUGGGAAAAAGCUGGGAGAGGGGAUUAAAGAGGGAUGAAAAAGAAGUUUUAACAUAAAAGCCCCACACUUCACUUCCAAAAGACAUCUGGCUAAAUGAAAAGCUUGGAAGUGCACGCUUGGUUAUCCCUACACAAUCCACGUGGCAGCAGGUACAGCUGAUAAAGAGCGUACACUGAUUACAGAACAGAUCCCCAGCAGGAAGCCACAGCACCCAGGAAAUUGGCACUUCCAGGGUCCACUGCCAAGUGAAAUAACUGCAGGGGCAUUUGACAGUGUGUGAAAGCCACACUGGAAUCACACCCGAGAAAAGCUCACACACAGAGACCCCAGCUGAUGAUAGCACUCCAAGAGCAUCACACCCAGGCAGCUCCACGCCAGGAGGGCUGGGGUGCGGCCGUGUGGCCGUGUCCCAGGUCAGGGCCCCCUUCCCACCUUCCGUUCGCAGUCGGUGCUGCGGCAGCGGCCGGAGCUGCCCCCGGCGCUGCGGCACCCGGCCUGGAGCGCCCGGGAGCUGGGGCCCUUCAUCCGCCUCUGCCUCAUGGACCAGCACUUCCCCGCCUUUGUGGAGGACGUGGAGAAGGAGCUGCACAGACUGGCCAAGGAAUGAGGUACUCCCAGCACUCCAGGGGGUGCACACAGCUCUGCUGAUUAAAGGUUGAAAAACAAGGCUACAGCGGUUUUUGUCGGUGUUUUAUUUUUAAAAACGGGUGAAUCCACUUUUUAUACAUCAUUGCACUUCAACAAAUACACAGAACACGAGUUCAUGCAGCUACAGUUACGCACAUCAUGAGAACCCUGGUAGGUCUAUUUCUACAAUCUUUAAAUCAUGAGAAAUUACAGUGUCAAACUAAAGAGGAAUAACUAGUUGCAUAGAAUAUCACCAUGCUGUAAGAUUUCAUCAUUUAAACAAAACAAAAAAAAAAAAAAAAGAAAAAUUAUAAAAGUUUGCCUGAAUUGAAUGUACAAGAAUAUGUCGAACACAUCAGUGCAAAAGGAUUUGAGAAUUUACAUGAGUUAACAAAAAAAAAAAAAAUCACUUAAAAAGCAAUCAUAUAUAUAUAUUUAUAAACGGAAGGUUUGUUUUUUGUUUCCAACUGCAUCCCACCACCACCAGCAGCCCCUGGCACCACCCAGCCCCGACGCCCAACAGGACACCCCGCGCUCCACGGUUAAAGCCCUUAAGGAAAUUCCAAUGUCCCUGCUGCGAGCACCGGCCCGGCAUCGCUCCCUCCUUCCAGCCAUACAGUAAGGAAUGAAUAUCAGCAGCUUCAAAAUGAACCACAACGACUUCUGGUUUCCCCUCCCCCAAAUAUAAAUAUAUACUGUAUAUAUCUUUAAGUUUUGCUGUACUUUACAAAAGAAGUCUCACUAGAUGGCAGCGGUGCGGUUUGAGCGGUGCCGAAUUGAACAGCUACAGGAAGUAAAAAACAGCGCAUGCGUGAACCCCUGGCUACUGCUCGUGUAAAGAGAGGAAAGGAGGAAAAAAAAGCAACAUUCACAGCACAUCAAGCCCAAAAGAGUUUACACCUUCUACACGGAAGCAUUAUUAAAAUUCAUCUGGCUAGGUCAUCCUUGCAGGAGAGGCUAAAUAAGGCAUGCGUUAGACAGUCAUAUCGUUGCUCACUUGGAAAGGAAAGAAAAAA